CGCCACCGCGCGCAUGCGACUCCAGGUGAGAGUUGCAGCGUGUCAGUCUGGCGACUUAGCGUGGCGCGCGAGCUCGGGCACAAUACCUCCCUCCAGCCCAAACUUUAACGAGAGUUUUGAUGGCCGAGGGCUGCUGAGAAAAGUGAAGAGAGGUAAAGAGAGGGGCGCCUGCAGGAAACGUCAUCAGAACGCACCGGAAGCGGCUGGAGGAUGAAGAGUGUGAUCUACCAUGCCUUUUCUCAGAAAGAGGCCAAAGAGCUCGACGUUCAGCUUCUGGGAGCCCAGCAGGCCGAGGCCUUCGUGAGGGCCUUCCUGAAGCGCAGCACACCCCACAUGAGCCAGCAAGCCCGAGAGGACCAGCUGCAACGCAAGGCUGUGGUCCUGGAGUACGCCACUCGCCGGAAGCGCAAGGAGAAGAGGAAGAAAUCCAAGGGCCUCUCUGCUAGGCAGAGGAGGGAGCUGCACCUCUUCGACAUUAAGCCAGAGCAGCAGAGAUACAGUCUUUUUCUCCCUCUACAUGAACUCUGGAAGCAGUAUAUCCGGGACCUGUGCGGUGGUCUCAAGCCAGACACGCAGCCGCACAUGAUUCAGACCAAGCUGUUGAAGGCAGAUCUUCACGGGGCUCUCGUUUCAGUCACAAAGUCCAAAUGCCCGUCCUAUGUGGGUGUUACAGGAAUUCUCCUACAGGAAACAAAGCACGUUUUCAAAAUCCUCACCAAAGAAGACCACCUGAAAGUUAUCCCCAAGCUAAACUGUGUGUUUGCAGUGGAAAUCGAUGGCUUCAUCUCCUACAUUUAUGGAAGCAAAUUCCAGCUUCGGUCAAGUGAGCGAUCUGCCAAGAAAUUCAAAGCAAAGGGAACAGCUGACCUGUAGCUCUCUGCUGCGGAGACGGCUGUUUGGGACCCCAAAGACCGGGAAGACCUGUGUGCCCGCCUUUCAGCAGAGACACAGCUGAGCUGGUUUUGGUUCUAGAUCACCCCCAGCCCGUUAACACCGGAGUUAAUAAUAGUUCAUCAUCCAGGAAGAAAUGCGCCUAACUGAGCAAAGUCAGGGAACGGAGGAGUGUCUGUUUCUAGGUGAUGACGGGUAUGCAUUGCUCCCACUGAGGAAGUCGCUGCCUUCCCCGUGAAGUGGCUCAUUCUUCCGCCCAUCCGAAUGUGCCACGCCAGGCACAGCCUGAUGCUACGGUUCCCUAAUCCACCUGCUCCUGCCCACCCCCCUUUAGGGAAAUGGUGGCCAACGUGUAAAUAUACAACUGCUUCCAGAA